AUGGCGAAAGGAGGUCCGCCUGGUCCACCAGGAAAACGAGGGAAAAAGGGGAAAAAGGGAGAUGCUGGGGAACCAGGAACCGUGGGUCCCAUUGGUCCACCGGGGAAGAACGGUUUUCCGGGACUGAAGGGUCAUAAAGGCGACAGAGGGAUUAUGGGACUGGGUGGACUCCGGGGCUACCCGGGCUUUCCGGGGCCGAUUGGGCUGGAUGGUCCAAAAGGAGAUCCAGGUAGACCAGGUGAUAAGGGACAGAAAGGUGAACUGGGAAGUCCUGGGUUUGACGUCUUCUCAGCAGUCAAGGGAUUAAAACGCUCAGUGACCACUCUAAGAGGUGGCACGUUAGGCUAUGCUGAAAUAGUUGCUGUCAAGGGUCUCCAAGAGCACGGGCAUAACAUAUCAGUUCAACAAAUAAUUACUCUCAAAGGUGAACCUGGUGAACCUGGACCUCCUGGUCCACCAGGACCUCUCGGUCCUGAAGGUCUUCCUGGACAUGAUGGGAGGCAAGGGAUACCUGGAGAACCAGGCCCACCUGGUGAAAGAGGGUCUCAGGGACCCACGGGACCUAUCGGACCUGCCGGAGCUCCCGGCACGGCCGGACCUAAGGGAGCAAAGGGAGAUUAUGGGGUGAUGGGACCACCAGGAUUUCCAGGGCUUCCUGGACAACUUGGAUUGCCUGGAAUUCCUGGAAGAAAUGGAUCCAGAGGAUAUACAGGGGAGCUGGGUAUGCCUGGCCGGCCUGGUGAUAAGGGUGAUAAGGGAGAACGAGGCCUCACAACAACACUAAAUGGUGAUCAGUUUCCAACAGGAAUCAUUGAAGGACCUCCAGGUCCCCCUGGACCACCUGGACCAGAAGGGAGCACAGGUCGAAAAGGUCUGUCUGGCGAAGCAGUAGAGCGAGGUUUGCCGGGGCUUCCGGGCCCCAAAGGGGAGAUCGGGGACCCGGGGCCUAAGGGUGAAAAGGGAGAGAAGGGUGACUUGGGAGUUUCAGGAACAAAGGGUGAUCCUGGACCACGAGGACCACCUGGAGAAGAUGGUCAAAAUGGGCAAGGAGGCCCACAGGGCCCCCCUGGAAUGCCAGGCCAAGCUGGACCUAAAGGAGAGAAAGGGGACUAUGGAGACAUUGGGCCUCCAGGACUGAUGGGUCCUCCUGGGUUACCUGGUCCUCCUGGUUAUCCUGGGCAGAAAGGUGAGAAGGGGGAAAAGGGAGAAUCGAAAUACAAAAAACUCAGGAGGCGACAGGGAGAUGGAACCUUUGAAGGAAGUGGAAGUGAAUUUGUAGUUGGUCCACCUGGGCCACCUGGGGUACCAGGCACGGCUGGUCUGCAAGGACCCCCUGGAAUUAAAGGUGACAGAGGCAUGGAUGGAACCAAAGGCGAACCUGGAGAAAAGGGAGCAAAAGGUGACCCAGGGCCAAUGGGAUUACCCGGCCCAAUGGGUCUCCGAGGUGAACCAGGUCGACCUGGGGAGAUGGGAAAAUCUGGGGCCAUGGGGCCAUCUGGUCUUGAUGGAAUGAAGGGAACUGAUGGAAUUCCUGGUACAGAGGGACCGAAAGGUGAAAAAGGAGCGAAAGGAGAAGCUGGUCCUACUGGCAGACGAGGAAGGAAGGGUGACAAGGGAGACAAAGGGGAUCAGGGAGUACCUGGACUUGAUGCACCAUGUCCUCUUGGGCCUGAUGGCUUACCACUACCAGGCUGUGGUUGGAGACCGCCAAAGGAAUACUCUCCCACACUUACGACAAUGUCAACCCCAUCUCAGUACCUACCUGCAACCCUUGAACCCCCAGCAGAGGCUGAUUAUGAUGAAGGGGAGGAGGAGUAUGAUGAGUACACAGACCCAAAUAACUUCCAAGCAACCAGCUCCGCGGGGAAAAAAUAAAACCCACCACAACUAACCAAACCCACUAACUGGCUCAAGUCAUGCUUUUAGUCUCUAAUUAAAGAAGAGUGGCUACACGGGAACCAGAAGUAACCUCCUCGAUGUGUACAAAUAGUCUGUAACUGAAGCCGUGUUAAAAUCAAGUGUGUACAUACUGUACUUAUGACAACUCAGUGUAUAGAAACAGGAAACUACAAUGCUUUUGUAAAUUUGGAACUGAAAAUAUAAACUAUGUGCUUACAGGGUAACAGAGCCUUGUGGGUAGUAAUGUGUGGGUAUCAAGAGAUAAGAGAUCGGAAGGUGAUAACAAUUUGGGAACUCAUAAAGUGAAGGGGGUAAGGUAAUAUUAUUCCUCAUGAAUGGAUGCUCAUAAAAUAGAAAUCAAAGUUAUUUAUGCUAUCCAAGCAGUAGAUUGGAAAAAUAUGUAUGUAUAAAGAACUCGGUGGAAUAUCUGUACGCGGUAAUGAAUGGUACAACAAACUGUAAAUGUAUGUGUUCGAAGUUACGUUAACAGUGAAUAAAAUCAACGCCGUGGUAACCUUCACAAGCAAAA